AUGACUGGAUUUGUGGUUGUUAAGAAACUAAUCGUUUGUAUUGUUUUCCCUGUUUACUUUUUGGUCAAAAAUCGAAUGAUAUUUCUUAGAGUAAAGAAUAGAAUAAAUGAUUUAAUUCAUUUAACUUUUAAAACAAAAACACAUGAAAGAUCAAUGAAACACAUAAAUUGUCAAUUAAAUUUAAAACUAUUAGGAAAACAAGACAUAAGACAACAACUUUCUAGUGCGUAUUGGUUGAAUAUCAAACUAUACAAUGAAAAAUUAAGUUAUAAUCGUUGUAUAUUGAAUAAAAUAAUAAAUUGUAUUAAAUUUUGUGGAGCAUUUGAACUUGCACUCAGAGGUCGCGAUGAAAAAUCAAAUUCAGAAAAUCCCGGCGUAUUUCGAGGUCUUAUAAACUUUAGUUCAGAGUUAGAUUCGGUACUAAAAUGUCAUAUUGGGAACUCUUCGGUAUUUAAAGGUUUAUCCAAAUCAAUCCAAAAUGAUUUACUAGAAUAUUGUUUAGCUGUAUGUCAACAAACAAUUAAAAAUUAAAUAAAACAAGCAGAAUAUAUUUCUGUAAUGGCUGAUGAAACAACUGACGUAUCUGUUCAGUUUCAAUUGUCAAUAAUAUUUAGAUAUUUACUAUCGGAUGGAACACCAGUAGAAAGGUUUUGGGGAUUUUUCAAUCCUACUGGACAUGAUGCGAANUACUAAAAUGUCAUAUUAAAAACUCUUCGGUAUUUAAGGGUUUAUCCAAAUCAAUCCAAAAUGAUUUACUAGAAUGUUGUUUAGCUGUAUGUCAACAAAGAAUUAAAAAUGAAAUAAAACAAGCAGAAUAUAUUUCUGUAAUGGCUGAUAAAACAACUGACGUAUCUGCUCAGUUUCAAUUGUCAAUAAUAUUUAGAUAUUUAAUAUCGGAUGGAACACCAGUAGAAAGGUUUUGGGGAUUUUUCAAUCCUACUGGACAUGAUGCGAAAUCGUUGUCUGAAUGUAUAAUAUUCAACUUGGAAAAAGUCCUAGAAUCGCCAAAUAUGUUGAUUUGUCAGAGUUACGACGGCGCAAAUGUGAUGAGUGGACGUCUCAAUGGUGUACAAAAAAUAAUAAAUAAUAGUUAUAAAAAUGCACAUUUCAUACAUUGCUAUGCUCAUCAGCUUAAUUUAAUUUUAAUUCAAGCAACUUCACAAAAUCGUGAGAUAAGGAUAUUUUUUUCAAACUUAACUGAUAUAACAAAUUUUUUUUCAAACAGUCCACAGCGGGUUACGGUUUUAGAUAAAAUUGUUAAAUACAGAGUUCCUCGAUCAUCUAAUACUAGAUGGAAUUUUAAAAGUCGAAUAGUAAAUACUGUGUAUGAGAAUCUUGAGCCGUUAAUUGAAUGUAUGAAAGAAAUUGAAUCAACAUUUAAUCAAACCAUAGCAAUUAAUCAAGCUGGACCUUUGAAUCGGAUGUUAAAUGAUGAUAAAUUACAUUUUGGUUAAGAGUGUUUCAUUCUUUAAUGCCUCAUGUUGAUAUUUUAUAUAAUCAACUACAAAAACAAACUAUGGAUCCUGUAGAACUUUCAAAGGCAAUUUUUCGGUUCGAAGAAAAUAUAUUAAAAGAAAGACAGAAUAUUGAUAACAUCGUUGAAACCUCUCAAAAUCAUCCAACGAAAAAACGAAGACAAGAUGAUACUAUUGAAACAAGAAAAAUCGCUGCAAAAGAAGUAUGUGAUAUUUUUAUUGUCAACGUUAAAGAACGUUUUGAUUAUAAAAAUCACUUAAAUGCUUCGCACCUAUUUUUAUCCACCAAAUUUCCUAUGUACGAAAAUAACUUCCCAAAUGACCAUUUUAGUAAAACCGUUGAAGCAUAUCCUUUUUUGGAUGUUAUUAAACUUAAAACUGAACUACAACUGUUCUACAAAAGAACCGAUUUUCGUGAUAUGAAUUCAUCAGUUCAUUUAUUGAAAUUUAUAAUUGAAAAUAAUUUAAC